AUAAGGUUGUUGAAGAUAUUUUAAGAUGAUAGUUAUGGAAUCGGGAUGAGGAAAAAGUGCGUAAUUUGGAGGGAAUAGAAGGUAGGCAGUUGCAGUUAAUGCGAUCCAAUGUUAUAGAAUCUUCCAAGUCCCAUUUCAGUUCAUUCAUGUUCAUCAUAUUCUGGUUUUGGUAGUAAAAUCGAAAUCAAUAACAGUGAAAUAUGGGGAGAAAUAGGAUGAAGAAUCUGCUUAGGAAGCUGCACAUCGGUGGUGGAGACGGCGGCGAUGACGGUGACGGUGACGGUGGCGCUUCUCCUACUAUGAACGAACUACCGAGUCGCAAUCUGAGUGUUGCAGAGCAUGAGCGUGAGCAUGAGUUUCAAUUUCAGAUGAGAAUGGCGUUGGCCAUCAGUGCUUCCCAUCCAAUUCCAAACAAUGACGCUGACUCCGAUCAGAUCGAUGCCGCCAAGCAGAUGAGCUUAGGUUCUGAGUCUUCCCUCACACAGUUCCAAUCCCUUCGCUAUUGGAAUUAUAGUGUGAUAGGUUAUGAGGAGAAAGUGAUGGAUGAGUUUUAUGAUGUUUAUGGAAUCUCUUCAAAUAUCAUUCGUCGAGGAAAGAUGCCCUUAUUGGUGGAUCUGCAGGCUAAAACCACCUCACAAAAUGGUGAUCGUGAAGUCAUCUUGGUGAACCGCUUGGUUGAUCUUGAGCUGCAGCGGCUUGAGGAAAAGGCCUGUGCCUUAUUCAAUGACUGUCCUAUUUCUGAAAAAGGACUGAUUUUAAGUGGCUUGCUGCAGAGACUUGCUGAUAUUGUUGUUACCAGAAUGGGUGGCACAGUUGGUAGUGCAGAUAAAAUGAUAGAAAGGUGGGCUAGGAGGAGUCAUGAGUUAAGAGAUUCUUCAAGAACCAUUGUUCUUCCUCUUGGCUCUCUUGAUGUUGGACUGUCGCGUCACCGAGCCCUGCUUUUUAAGGUACUUGCUGACAAGAUUAAUAUUCCUUGCAUGCUGGUCAAAGGGAGCUAUUACACUGGAACUGAUGAUGGAGCAUUGAAUUUGAUAAAAGCUGAUGAUGGAAGUGAAUACAUCAUUGAUAUGAUGGGUGCACCUGGGGUUCGAACACAUUUGAUUGAUACUAGAACUCAAGUCUUGGGUAGCUCACCUGAUCAGUGCAGCAAAAAAACAAAAGCAGUCAGGUCCCAGUCAGAAAAACCAUUAAAUGUGGGUGGUCAAACAAAACUAGUUGAUAAUAUCCAUGUUGGAAUGAAUGAAAGAGAGAGGUUUGGACAUAAUUUGGGAAAUCUUUUAGAGUCACUGCAUAAAUCAUGUGAAUUCUUAUCACAUAGAGAAACAUCACCUGCAGAAAAGAUUCGCGUAAACAAUGUAUCCAAGUAUGUCCUCAGUGCAGCAAAGAACCCGGAAUUCGCACAAAAACUACACGCAGUUUUGCUAGAGAGUGGAGCCCUCCCCCCACAUGAUCUCUUUUCAGUUGUAAAUCCACAAGAUAUGGGUGAAGAUAAAACAUGUGAAGAAUUUGUCAGGGAUAUCGUUCAAGAUGAUCCAACUAGGUUGUCAUUAAGCUACAACAAAUCUCUCAUACCCUAUCAAAUGAAGCGCACUGCCCAUGAUACUAGGUCAGAACAGCAGAAAGAAUUUUACGUAGAUAGAUAUGAUAAUUCCACACAGUGUGAUUGUGAAUGUGAUAAUACCGGGAAGGGGUCUGUGAUGGUUUGUGACAAUAGAGUUGAUGGGUUAGAGCAAUCUCAUUACUUAUGUAAAGAGCAAUGUCUCCAAUCUGAUUUGCCCAAGAGAGCUGUUUCUUGUGAAACACGUGAUAGGUUUGAUGUUUCCCAUGAUGGGGAUGACAAAAAUGGUUAUAAUGAGGUUGGUGUAGCUUUAAAUGACGUUGGAUUUUGUAAAGAGUCAGCCAUUCAGAUAAAUAAGGCACCCUGUAUAGAGUCAGCAAAGUGUAUCACAUAUGAUCAUAAAAAUGACAGAGUUAACCCAGUCUUGGGGGAGAGGAAAGAAUGGGAAAUUCAAUGGGAGGAUCUUCGUAUUGGUCAACGUAUUGGUAUCGGUUCGUGUGGUGAGGUUUUCCAUGCUGAUUGCAACGGUUCGGAAGUUGCUGUGAAGAAGUUUCUAACACAAGAUUUUUCUAGUGAUGCAGUGGCUCAGUUCAAAUCUGAAGUUGAGAUCAUGUUAAGACUGCGGCAUCCCAAUAUUGUGCUCUUCAUGGGAGCUAUUACUCGUCCGCCACAUCUAUCCAUCUUGACAGAGUUUCUUCCAAGAGGGAGUUUAUAUGGUCUAUUGCGUAAUCCUAAGUUUCAACUUAAUGACAAGAGGCGGUUGCGUAUGGCUGUUGAUGUGGCUAAGGGAAUGAACUACUUGCACACAAGUCAUCCUCCCAUUGUCCAUAGAGAUUUGAAGUCUCCGAAUCUUCUUGUCUCCAAGCAUUGGGUUCUUAAGGUCUGUGAUUUUGGUCUAUCGCGGAUGAAGCACCAUACAUUUUUGUCAUCAAAGUCCUAUGCUGGAACGGCCGAGUGGAUGGCACCAGAAGUCUUAAGAAACGAGCUUGCCAAUGAAAAGUGUGAUAUAUAUAGUUUUGGAGUAAUCUUGUGGGAGUUGGCUACUACAAUGAUCCCGUGGCAAAGUUUGAACCAAAUGCAGGUUGUUGGAGCUGUUGGAUUCCAAAACAGGCGCCUUGAAAUUCCAGAUGAUGUUGAUCCAGAAGUAGAACAGAUAAUACGUGAUUGUUGGCAAAUGGAUCCACAGUUACGGCCAUCAUUCUCCGAGUUAUUAUCUCGCCUCUGCCAACUUCAACAUCUUGUUGUCGUUAAAGGUGUAAAACGAGCUCCACACAUCAAAUGAAGGGAAAUUCAUUUUUGUGUAUCACUUUAUAUUAUUCUUUGAGAAUGAGAGAAAGCAGAGCCGGCAUAUGGUGCAAGAAAAAUGUUUCGCAAAUUAUGAGUCUCACGUUGAUUAGUGUGUGAAACAUUCCUUAUUCUCUCUCUCUCUUUCUUUUUAUUUUUUUCUUUUUAGAUUUUAGAGUCCAGUUAAGUCCACUCUAAUGCAGAUGAGUGUCGUGAGGGGAGGUGGAUGUUACAACAUUAGAUUUGUAUAUAGAUCUUACUAGGGGUUGUAAACUUUUGAUCACCGAGUCGUAUAUUGAUAAUAAUCUUUUUUACAA